ACCCUUUUAAUUCUCGUCCUUCUCAAAUGAGUUUGUGUUCCCUUGCACUUCUCUCUUCCUCAAAAUCUCGCUAACCCUAACACCGCUGCAACCACCGCCCUAAGCUUCCCCUUCCACCUCCUUCUCCUCCCACUCUACAGAAUAGAGAAGCAUUACCGACGGACAAAGAAGAGAAAACGACUUGAAGCUCUGGUUACCCGAUCUACUCACAUGGCAUGCAUAUCCAAAAUCGAUUAAGUACUGCUGGGUAAAAUUAUGCAAGAUCCAAGGAUGCUACCAUCAGGGGAAAUCACAAACUCCAAGCCACGCAAAAAGAAAGUCUCAACCUCUAGAGCUUCCUUGAUCCCAACUCAAGUUAAUAACAUCAGAGAGAGAGAGGUUCAACAGGUACAGAGGCCUCUAAGAAUGAGCCAGAAGGCCUCCAAAAGGAAUUUGAAGAACGAGGGGUCUCCGAUGAUCCAUCAACCGGAGAGAUCAAACUCAGAUUCAUUGCCAGACUCCUCUACCUCAGGGGAUGAAUAUCGCGCUCUCAGAAGGAAGUAUUUGCUGUUGGAGGAAGAAAGCUUUGGGCUGGGGAGAGAGUUGGAGGUGAUAGAAGAGGAGGUUAAGACUCUUGAAGAUGAGAAGCUUGCAUUGUUAGACCAGCUGGUUGUGUUAGAAGGUCUAAUUGAUCCUUCUGAAGUUCAUGCUCAUGGGUUGCAAUAAUUGUAAUGCCUUGUCUGCAUCUGGUUAUUGGUCAUAAUUGAUUGGUGCACUUGUAAAAUAUAUAAUUGUAUUGCAUACUUCAGUGAUGCUAAAUUGCGUAAUUGAUGGUACCUUACUGUCGAUUUAUCAA